AAUCAAUCAGCUGGUAUGAUUAUCCAAUUUCAACAAGUUCUUCCUUGAUUACACCCCCUUUCUUUUGUUCCCGAGUUCUUGCAUUCAUCCAGAUCUGUUAAUUUUUCUAGGGUUUUGAUUCUUUUGGUGAUAGCUGAUAAGGUUUUACAGAUCGAAGAAGAAGAUGUUUCUCACAAGGACCGAGUACGACAGAGGAGUCAACACUUUCUCUCCUGAAGGAAGGCUAUUCCAAGUCGAGUAUGCCAUUGAAGCUAUCAAGCUGGGUUCUACUGCAAUUGGAGUAAAGACUAAGGAAGGAGUUGUGCUUGCUGUCGAGAAGCGUAUCACCUCCCCUUUGCUGGAGCCGAGCAGUGUGGAGAAGAUUAUGGAAAUUGAUGACCAUAUUGGCUGGGCCAUGAGGGGCUUAAUUGCUGAUGCGCGUACUCUUGUUGAGCAUGCAAGAGUUGAGACUCAAAACCACAGAUUCUCGUAUGGUGAGCCAAUGACUGUAGAGUCCACCACGCAAGCACUGUGUGAUCUGGCUUUACGGUUUGGUGAAGGAGAUGAAGAAUCAAUGUCUCGGCCAUUUGGAGUCUCUCUUCUCAUUGCUGGUCAUGAUGAAAACGGACCGAGCUUGUACUACACGGACCCGUCUGGAACGUUCUGGCAGUGCAAUGCAAAGGCGAUUGGUUCAGGCUCAGAAGGAGCUGAUAGUUCUCUUCAAGAGCAAUUCAACAAAGAUCUGUCGCUGAGUGAAGCUGAGACGAUCGCUGUAUCUAUCCUCAAGCAAGUUAUGGAAGAAAAGGUGACUCCAAACAAUGUGGACAUUGCUAAGGUAGCUCCAGCGUACCAUCUCUACACUCCACAAGAAGUUGAAGCAGUCAUCAGUCGCCUUUGAUGAAGAUUCUCGAAUACGGUUGAUGUCUACUUCGAAUCUCCGACACCAAGUGGCUUUCUUUCAUUUUGUCUGUUACAGACUUGAUGUUUAAUGAGACAGUUUAGUCUCUUGUGUAAGAGAAUCUUUAAUCUCCCAUGUCAUUCUAUAACCUCUCGGAUGGAUUUGUGGCUCAAUUCGGAUUCAGAAGGGGUUUUACACAUCA